AUGGAACACUUACUCACCGAUGUCGCUGACGUCGCCGUCAGUGUCCACCUGUUUGUCUGCAACAUGUGCACGGGCAACUACCUUGUAUACGCCAACUUUGAUAACCUCAUGCUGGGUGUCUUGAGCAUCUUCCUCUGGAGAUGCACGAUCCUCACCUUCCAUUGGAUGAUCAUCCCCAAAGAACCCACCAACGAGCUCUAUGUGCCGCUGAUGCUGCCCCUAGAGGCCAUUUCCCUCUUCCGGAUCAUGAUCAUCCGCAAAUAUCUGCUGACAGCCAGCGUGAGCAUCGAACUUAUACCCCUGUUGAUCCUCAUGGGCCUGGAGCUUGUCUCCACUUACUUCACGACCAACGGCAUCUGCCAGUGCCAUUGGGAAAAAUUGAACCUAAGCCUGGUAGUGGUGCCUACAUUCUUCAUGAAAUUCUUCAACAUGAUGUACUACCUGAACAUCAUUGGCAUCUUCCAUGUGAUGUACGCGCUUCUAUCGUUCAUGAGCACUAUGUAUCUACUUAUGGAGGCUGACACGUUGAAUCUAUACAAACACACGGCCAGAAUGGCCCAGUUGAAAAGAGAUAUAGUACUGCACGUCGAGACCGACCGCGGCAUGGCGAGGAAAAUCCUGGACGAGAUAGACUCCGUGUCUAUGUCCCUUGCAAAGAGCGAUACCACCAUCCGCGUGUUCAUGGUCUUGUACAUCUUAUCGAGCUUGUUUUCGGUGCUCCCGAAAUUUCACUUCUCGUACACCGACGUCGACAAUUCAACCUGCAUGCCGAUAUACGUAAAGGACAGCAAAGUCAACACAAAGAUUCUCCACAAGAGGCUGCGUAAUGCGUUCAGACCCCUCUUCAAGCUUGCCAUCGCAUUCAAUGCGAUCGGAUACGCCAUCUGUGCCGUCAUUAUCGCGGUCUUCUAUGUGGUCACCCAAAACUAUGUUAUCACCAUCUCAUCUAUCUGGGUAUUAUGGGUGCUCUCGUCGCUGCAAACAAUGCACAUUGGUGGUUUCUACCACUUUGUCAACCAGCUCAACAAGAGGAACCCUGACAAGAAUAGGUACUUCGAUAUGAUAACCGCCAAUUCGAUGAAUAACGGCUGCUUCAUCAUCUAUUGCCUGGCAAUGUUGGUGAUGUUCCCGACUUCAUACCGUACCAUUGCCUAUCUUUGUUGGUAG